UAUGCACAAGUAGAAAUGAUCUCAAACCCCGAAUUAAAGGACAAACCUUUAGGUGUACAGCAGAAAUAUUUGGUGGUUACUUGCAACUAUGGCAGGAAAUUUAGAAUUAGGAAACUUAUGAAUGUCAGAGAUGCAAAAGAAAAAUGUCCACAACUGGUAUUGGUUAAUGGAGAAGACUUGACAUGUUACAGGGAGAUGUCUUAUAUGGUUACAGAAAUAGUUGAGAAGAAACUCCAGCAGCUUCAAAGUGAUGAACUUUCUGCAGUGACUGUCGGUCAUGUAAACAAUAAUCAGUCCAUAAACCUGCAUGACAUCAUGCACAUCAGACUGCUAGUUGGAUCUCAGAUUGCAGCAGAGAUGCGGGAAGCCAUGUAUAAUCAGUUGGGGUUCACUGGAUGCACUGGAGUGGCUUGUAAUAAACUACUGGCAAAAUUAGUUUCUGGUGUUUUUAAAACAAAUCAACAAACAAUCUUGUUACCUGAAAGUUGUCAAGAUCUCAUUCAUAGUUUGAACCAUGUUAAGGAAAUGCCUGGUAUUGGCUAUAAAACUGCCAAACGUCUUGAAGCACUGGGAAUCAGUAGUGUGCAUGAUCUCCAAACCUUUUCAUCUAAAAUAUUGGAAAAGGAAUUAGGAAUUUCAGUUGCUCAGUGGAUCCAGAAGCUCAGUUUUGGAGAGGAUAACUCUCCUGUGACAUCUUCAGGACCACCUCAGUCCUUUAGUGAAGAAGAUUCAUUUAAAAAAUGUUCAUCAGAAGUCGAAGCUAAAAAAAAGAUUGAAGAACUACUUGCUAGCCUUUUGAAGAGAAUAUCCCAAGAUGGAAGGAAACCCCAUACUAUAAGAUUAGUAAUCUGUCAGUAUUCAUCAGAGAAGUAUUAUUGUCAUGAGAGUGGUCAGUGCCCUAUUCCAUCUCAUGUAAUUCAGAAGUUAGGGGCAGGAAAUUAUGAUGUGAUGACCCCAAUGGUUGAUAUACUUAUAAAACUUUUUCGAAAUAUAGUGAAUGUGAAAAUGCCAUUUCACCUUACCCUUUUAAGUGUGUGCUUCUGCAACCUGAAAACACUAAAUACCACUGAGAAAGGGCCCAUGGAUUAUUAUUUAGCAUCAUCAUUAUCAACAAUGUCAUGCUCUGGCAAGCGCAGUUUUAAAAUAAAAGACAGUCAUAUGGAAGAUAUUUCCAAAGACAAAGAAACAAACUGGGAUUUUCUACCAAAUGCAAGAAUUGAAAGUAUAAGAACUGGUGAGUCUCCAAUAGAUACUUCAGAUUUCUCUAAAGAAAAAGACAAGAAUGAGUUUCCACUCUGUUCACUUCCUGAGGGUGUUGAUCAAGAAGUUUUCAAGCAGCUUCUAGUAGAUAUUCAGGAAGAAAUCCUUUCUGGAAGAUUUAGAGAAAAAUUUCAAGGGAAAGGAAAUUUAAGUUAUCCAUUACAUGCCUCCAAAGGAGUGUUAUCUUUCUUUUCUACAAAACAAUUGCAAGAUAGAUCCUUAAAUCCUAGAGAUAAUUUAUCCAAUAACAAGCAGAUACACUCUGUGUCUCCUUGUGAACCAGGAACAUCAGGCUUAAGUAGCAGUAGUUCCUCUUAUCUGUCUAGCCCCGAAGAUUAUUCAUAUUAUAUAGAUAAUCGAUUAAAAGAUGAACAAAUGAGUCAAGGACCUAAAGAAUCUGAAGGUUUCUACUUCUCCAAUACAAACCCUGCUGUUUCUGUUUUCCAUUCAUUUCCCAAUUUGCAUAGUGAUCAACUUUUUUCCAAAAACUGUGCUACAGAUAGUCAUAAGCAAAAAAUGGCAACAACUUCUUGUCAAGGACUCACAGAAAAUAAAGAAAAAGAUUCUGCUGAUGAGAUUAUUUUUCCAUCUGGCAUCGAUCCUCAAGUGUUCUAUGCACUUCCAGAAGAGGUACAAAAAGAACUGUUGGCUGAGUGGAGGAGACCUGGAUCAGAUUUCCACAUUGUACAUAAGUAA